GAACUUUAUUUGUUGAUUAGUAGGGUCACAUUGUUGCAGAGCUCAAACAGUUGCAUAAACAGAAACAGAGUUAAACAUAAAUAAAAAUGUCGUUAACAAUAUUGCAAAAACUGUCUCUACAAUGUCUGAAGGCAGAACAACCGCUGCUAACAACGGUACGAAAUGCCAGUAAGAAGACCGGCGGCAGCACGAGGAACAAAAAGGGACACCCGCGUCCAAAACAUCGUGGCUGGCGUGUGCUCGACGGUCACUACGUUUCCGAAGGCACCAUUCUGGCUACUCAGCUAACAACACGCUUCCAUCCUGGACUAAAUGUUGGCUUUGGACGCAAUGGCACAUUGUUUGCCAUGGAGCAUGGCAGAGUUAUCAUGAGCUGCGAGCCCCUCGAUCCUAAUUGGGAGCACUCUUGGGUGCAGCGCAACUACGCUGGCCGCCAGGAUCAAACUAUUUAUAAGAAGUUUUACAAUGUUAUUCCUGAAAAGCAACAUCAGCGUUUUCGCCUAGUCGAGGAAAUAUAAUUUGUUAACAACUAUAAAA